UUGUUUUUAAUCAGCAUGGUUUCUUUUUAUUUUACUUCAUGCAGCUUGGAAAAAUUAAAGCCAGAGAAAGAGCUUCAGCGUGCAAAAUCUCAUAUUUUAGAAUACAAAUUGAGAAUAAGAGAGUUAUUUCAACGUCUUGAUCUGUCGCUUGCUGUGGGAAGGCUUUCCGCUUCUUUGUUUGACUCUGAAGGAGAGAUAGAUAGUGAAGAUAUUUUCUGCUCGAAAUGUGGUUCUAAGGAUGUGACAGCGGACAAUGAUAUUAUUCUUUGUGAUGGUGCAUGUCAACGUGGAUUUCACCAGUUCUGUUUGGAACCGCCUCUGUUAAAACAAGACUUUCCACCAGAUGAUGAAGGCUGGCUUUGCCCUGGAUGUGAUUGUAAAGUUGAUUGUAUUGGUUAUCUUAAUGAUUUCCAGGGAAAAAAUCUUUCUGUGGUUGAAAGUUGGGAGAAAAUCUUUCCUGAAGCUGCUGCAUCUGCAUCAGGGAAUAAGCUGGAUGAUGGUUCUGGAUCUUCAUCAGAUGAUUCUGAGGAUGAUGACUAUGACCCUGAUAAGCCGGAUAUAGUCUUGAAGGUUUCAGAAGUUGAAUUAAGUGAUGACAAAUCUGGAGACAAAUCAAGUUCUGAUGAUUCUGAUUACUUCUCGGCAUCUGAUGAAUUGGCGGGUUCUCCUAAUAACAACCAGUAUCUGGGACUUCCUUUUGACGAUUCAGAUGAUGAUGAUUUUGAUCCUGCUGCUCCAGUUCAAGAUGAGGAGGUGAAGCAGGAUAGUUCAAGCUCUGAUUUCACAUCUGACUCAGAGGAUCUUGGUGCUCUUCUUGAUGAUGCCACUGCACCUGGAAUUUCUCCAGUGCUAGGUGCUGAUGAAGAAAAAUUUAAAGCUGGUAAAGUGAAGAGUCAAUCACUAAGAGGUGAGAACCUUUUGGAGAUCAAUGAUGCACCCGUGUCUGGCAAAAGACGAGUAGAACGGUUGGACUAUAAAAAAUUGAAUGAUGAAACAUAUGGAAAUUCUUCUUCUGAAUCAAGUGAUGAAGAUUUUCAAGAUAUUCCUUCUCAAAAGAGAAGGAAGAUUAACCGUGAAAAAGCAAACUUGAUGUCCUCUGACAAAACUCCAUUAGCCGAAAAUGAAAUGGAUGCCAAGGAUGAAAACCCAAAAGAGAGCGAGUAUGGAUCUAAAAGAACUAGCGAAAAGGUAAUUGAUGGGGGCACUAACAUUAUAACAGCUGAAGCAGGUUCUGGAGAUGCAAAUGUUAAAAGAUCUGCACCUAAAAGGCUUGGAGAAGCUGUAACACAGGUAUUAGUUGUAUAUACGUUUCCCUAACAAUUUUAGAAUUCUAUUGGGAAUUAUCUUCUAUGACCAUUUCAUUCUUGGUGGUUCACGAAAUAUGACUGC